GUGCAAGUUCUAACCUCGAUUAAUUGGUGAAUUAAACAAAACAAGAAUCAAUUGGUCGGGCUGUUUCCGGCGAUCCCUGCGGCGGCGGCACAAGGAGACAUCGGCGGUGAACCGGCGUCACAGCGGCGGUACUGCUCCUCCUCCGCUGCCCGGCUCUGUUCUCGUGUUCCUGCUCUGUUACUUCUUCAGCGGCGACCAGUACUCCGUAUAUGUUUUUGCUUUUUCUUUCUCUUCAAUUGUGCGUGCGUGCAUAAAUUAUAUAAGGGGAUGGGUUUGGGGGAUAAUUUCCAUUCCAUAUACGGACAGCGAACCUUUGGAAGUCAGCAACUACUCGACCCUCGACACCAUAUAGAGCAAUUUAUUUUGCACUGAUCAUUUAGUUUUUUUCGCAUCCGAUUCUAUUUUCAUUCCCGAGAUAAUUAGCCGAAUCAAUCUUAAACUCGGAUCUGGAGUUUCUUGAGCCGUAGCGGAAAUGUACGGUAACUUAGGCGGUGUAGAAGGCACCGAUCCUUCUGGUUUCCGCAAGAUCUCUCCUCCGUCGACUAUGCCUUGGGUCCGUAAUCUCAGACGUUACAUUGGAGAUGGGACUGGUCUUGGCUCCGAAGCACUCAUGGAGCUUGAAACAAAGAAGAUCUUGCUUGAUAUUUUUAAAGAGAAACAGCAAAAAUGUGCUGCUGCUGGCACAAUUCCCAGCUUCUAUAAGAAAAAACCCGAAGAAGGAUCCAUUAGUCAAAGGGUUCAGAGACUUGCAAAAUAUCGAUUUCUAAAGAAGCAAUCAGAUCUUCUGCUAAAUGCUGAUGAUUUGGAUGCGAUGUGGGUUUGUUUAAGAGAAAACUGUGUGAUUGAUGAUGCAACUGGUGCGGAAAAGAUGAACUAUGAAGACUUUUGCCACAUUGCCUCAGUCUGUACAGAACAAAUAGGCCCUAAAUGUCGUCGCUUUUUCAGUCCUUCAAAUUUCAUGAAGUUUGAGAAAGAUGAAUCUGGCAGAAUAGCCAUUCUGCCUUUCUACCUUUAUGUGAUGCGCACGGUUUCAUUGACACAAGCAAGGAUAGAUAUGAGUGAGCUUGAUGAAGAUUCUGAUGGCUUUCUUCAACCUCAUGAGAUGGAAUCUUACAUACGUGGCCUUAUACCUAAUCUGGCUCAACUGCGAGACAUGCCUGCGGCCUUUGUGCAAAUGUAUUGUCGCAUUGCUGCGCAUAAAUUUUUCUUCUUUUGUGAUCCCAACAGGCGAGGAAAGGCUUGCAUAAAGAAGAUUCUGCUCAGUAACUGUCUCCAGGAGCUGAUGGAACUACAUCAGGAAAGUGAGGAAGAAGUCUCAGAUGCUGAACAAGCUGAAAACUGGUUUUCAUUGACUUCUGCACAGCGCAUAUGUGAUAUGUUUCUUGCUCUAGAUAAAGAUAUGAAUGGAACAUUGAGCAAGCAUGAACUCCGAGAAUAUGCAGAGGGGACACUGACAGAUAUUUUCAUUGAGAGAGUUUUUGAUGAGCAUGUCCGGCGCGGUAAAACUGGAGGCGUUAAUGGUCGUGAGAUGGAUUUUGAAAGUUUUCUCGACUUUGUUCUAGCCCUUGAAAACAAAGACACUCCUGAGGGAUUAACAUACCUGUUUAGGUGUCUUGAUUUGCACGGGAAGGGAUUUCUGACAACUAGUGACAUUCAUACACUCUUCAGAGAUGUUCAUCAGAAGUGGAUCGAUGGAGGGAAUUAUGAACUAUGCAUCGAGGACGUGAGAGAUGAAAUUUGGGAUAUGGUGAAACCGGGUGACCCUUUGAGGAUAACUUUGACUGAUUUACUGGCAUGCAAGCAGGGUGGGACUGUGGCAAGCAUGCUUGUUGAUGUUCGUGGUUUUUGGGCCCACGACAACCGAGAGAACCUACUUCAGGAAGAGGAGCCAGUUGAAGAAGGAUAGCAUCCUUCAUUCCCUUAUCAAUUAUUGGGAAAUUGCAAGGAUUAGAGAAUGAAUUUAGGGGAAAAUAACGUUGUCCUUAGGUUGUUGCGUAACUGUUUUUUAGUCCUCGUUU